UCCGGCCGGGGCGCCGCGGGGUCGCCAUGGGGACGGCGGGCGCGGGGCUCGUGGACUGUCACUGCCACCUCGCCGCCCCGGACUUCGACCGCGACCUGGAAGAUGUGCUUGAGAAGGCCAAGAAAGCCAACGUCAGGGCUAUUGUGGUGGUUGCUGAGCACGCGGGAGAAUUCGAAAAGAUCAUGCAGCUUGCAGAAAGGGAUGAUGGGCUCAUCCUGCCGUGCCUGGGUGUGCACCCAGUUCAAGAACAUCCCUCGGGAGACCAAAGAAGCGUCACAUUGAAGGACCUGGAGGGAGCUUUGCCCAUCAUCGAGAAAUACAAGGAUCGGCUGUCGGCAGUUGGAGAGGUCGGACUCGACUUCUCCCCCAGAUUUGCCGCCACUGAUGAGCAGAAGCAGGAGCAAAGAGAAGUCUUCACCAGACAGAUCCAGCUAGCCCGGAGGCUGGACUUGCCUCUAAAUGUUCACUCGCGCUCCGCUGGGAGACCCACCAUCAGCCUCUUAAAGGAGCAAGUGCGUGUCGCUGGCUGUGAUUCACGGAGAGGCCUGUCACUGCCACUGAGGAAACCGGUCUGUGCUUCUCGAGGUGCUGACAGGGUGCUGCUUCAUGCGUUCGAUGGCCGGCCGGCCGCGGCCCUGGAGGGUGUCCAGGCCGGGUACUUCUUCUCCAUCCCUCCCUCUGUUGUGAGGAGUGGGCAGCAGAAACUUGUCAAACAGUUGCCUUUGACAUCCAUGUGCUUAGAAACAGAUUCACCUGCACUUGGGCCCGAAAAACAGGUGCGGAACGAGCCCCAGAACGUCAUCAUCUCCGCAGAAUACAUCGCCCAGGUGAAAGGGGUCCCCGUGGAGGAGGUCAUCGAGGUGACCACCCAGAACGCAGCCAAGCUGUUCCCCAGGCUCCGGCCCCUGCUGCUCGCACAGCCUUAGACCCAGGCGCGGCCAGCCCCGGCCCGGCCCUCCCAGACCUGAACCCCCAGACCCAGCUGCCCAGACCUGACCCCCCAGACCUGGCCAUCCAAACCCGGCCCUCCCAGACCAAGCCCCCCAGACCCAGACGCCCAGACCUGAACCUCCAGACCCAGCUGAGCCCCCAGACCCGGCCCUCCCACACCAAGCCCCCAGACCCAGCUGACCCCACAGACCCAGCGCCCAGACCUGACCCCCGAGACCUGGACAGGUGGCGGUAGCAAUAGCUGCUGCAGGAGAAAGGUUUGGAGUCCCAUCCCCGGCCAGGAGGGACCCCAGCGCGGAGCAUCUCCCUCCUGUCUCCCCGCUGCUCCCUCAGCAGUGGGU